UCCACCGUUCACCCUCGAUAUGAACUUCCAGCCGGUCAACGUGAGCAUCCUGAGUGGAAGCGGAAGUCUGAGUGCUGGGACGGAGUACGAGCUGGUGUGUCAGGCCUGGGGCUCCCGACCAGCUGCCAUCAUCAGCUGGUGGAAAGGUGGCACCACUGCGCUCAAGGACGCAGCUAUGACGACGUCACCAGACAGCAACGUGACCACGUCAAUCCUGAAGUAUCGUGCGGAGAUGGCAGACAGCGGCAAGUACCUGACGUGUCGAGCCCAGAACCAACUCAUCCCUCAGUCAGCCAGGGAAGACGGCCUUAAACUAAACAUCUACUACAAACCGGUGGUGACGCUACAGAUGGGAAGUAACCUGGACCCAGAGAACAUCAAGGAAGCCGACGACGUAUACUUCGAGUGCCACAUCAACGCCAAUCCAGACGUGCAGCGCGUCUUAUGGUACCAUAAUGGAGCUCCCGUGGAGCACCGCGUCACUCGGGGCAUCAUCCUGCAGAACCAGACGCUGGUGCUGCAGAAGAUCACGAGGGAGGCCGCUGGACUAUACACCUGCGCUGCUGUCAACCUGGAGGGCGAGGGAGAGAGUCAACCCGUCAACCUCAGAGUAAUGUACAAGCCAUACUGCCGCCGCCACAGUAAGACCAUCUACGGAACAGCACUACACGAACCUGCGAGCGUCACCUGCGAGGUGGAGGCCAGUCCUGGCCCCGUCACCUUCAGGUGGACCUUCAAUAACACUUCCGAACACCUUCCCAUCCCGGCCUCUGCUGUAACUUCCCAGGAUUUCCUUUCCGUGGCCAGUUAUGCUCCCAAGAGUCACCUGGACUAUGGCACACUCUUGUGCUGGGCCUUCAAUGAGAUCGGGGAACAGAGCGUUCCUUGUGCAUUCGCUAUCAUUGCAGCAGGGCCGCCGGACCCGCCCAAGAACUGUUCGAUUGCUAACCAAACGACAGACACCAUCGAGGUGGAAUGUGUGGCUGCCUUCGACGGCGGACUCCCUCAGACCUUCUACAUGGAGGUGUACGACUCCACGACGGGGGCGCUGCAUCGUAACAUGUCGUCAGUUGAGCCUCUGUUCCACCUGACGGCGCUACGGCCCGGCCUCGCCUUUCUUAUGGUCACUUACGCUGCUAACUCCAAGGGCAGGAGCGACGCGGCGAAGCUCGAGACCUUCACGCUGAAGGUGGCAGAGAAACGCACAGGACCUCCGGCGCUCUUCGAGUUCACACCUGUCUUAGGUAUCCUGAUCGGUGUGGUACUUGCGAUAAUCCUAACGGCGCUGGUGGUGAUGGUGGUGAUGAAGAUGCGUCACACUCCUCCAAGCCGGGACAUCGGCGCCCCAAACGACGAUAUGAAGGGAGAUUUAGAAAACAAGCCGCUGAACGUCGGGGUGCUGGCGGCUAGGGUGAAGGAGGGACCCAGCGUGUGCGAGGUAGAGGACAACGAUCCUGACAUCAUUCCACAUAAAACUGACGUGUUGUCCUAUCAAGACUACGAGAGCAUAGAUCGUGGAGGUCCCGGACACGGAAGCUCAGGUGUCGUCGACAAUGUUCCGUCAGUGCGAACUCUGCCACGAACGCAUAACCAAGUCGUCCCAGGAGGCUCAGCUGUGAAUUACGUUGAACUGCCGCUAUCUAGAGAAGCGCAACCCGGUUACCAGGUCAGCGCUACUGAACUUUGCCUCUUCGCUGCCAAGAGGAAGAAUGUCUAUCUCUCUGCUUCUUCCAACAACAACAGCACCACAGCGGCUGCUGCCACAUUACCCACACCCAGCACCAGCCUCGUCACUCCUUCAUCUUCCCAACGUCCCGUUAGUGAGGAUGUGCUUGACGAUUCUAAUAUCUACACCGCAGUAAGUCCCGUCAGGGAUUCAGAUAUGGCCCCUGCCACGGAACCACAUAUCUAUGCCACAGGAGAACGCAGGGGCACCUCAAUUCCUGUCAGUAGCCAAGCAUAUUGGCCCUCCACAUCCACGCCUGUUUACGCCACUCUCGAUCAUCGACGGAGCGCCUACAUCCCGUCUUCUGCAGCGAUGCUCGCUUCAACCACAAUGGCUCGUCCAAGAAGCGUAACAAAUAUACCAACAGCUGACAGCGCCCCUGUCUCCUCCAACAACGCGUACGCCACUUUGGGCCCUCGGAGGAGAGCUAAUAUAAACACUACAUCUAAUUCCUACAUCAGUUCCCUUCAUCGUCUGAGUUUGCAUUCACCACCUGAUUAUCGACAAGAGUACGGAGUGACGGCACAAACUCCUUUGCUAGCAACACGCAUUUCCCCAUCGAGAACACGUUCACCUAUAACCACCUCACGCUCGCCGCUACUGAGGAUGGCCAACGAAAGCGCAGUGUAGAGAAGGGCUGCAGCCUCACGCCUUCCGUGGCUGAAGAAGAUAGUCGGAGUUUUGAAAGAUAAACUGAUAGACACACUUUUCAUUGCUUGGAAUAGGGAAUCAGGGUUUUGUGUAAAGUAACACAUGUGUACUUGGAGACCUACUAUAAAAAUGGGUCCAUGGCUCUAAGUAGGGGGAAGGGCCACUCUUCGUUUCUGAAGUUGGUCAGUGAGACUACUGCCUAGUGCAUUUCGUUAAAAACUAUUACAUUUUCCUAACACAAAUGUUUAUACUGGCUGUUUGACAAUUCUUGAAUGAGUUAUGAAAAGUUACACUGGCGCAUAUAACACGUCUUUAAUUAGAAAAUUGUUAUCCAUAAAUGUUUCUGGCAACUACGAUUAUUGAUUUUCAUGUGUGCGUGUGUUACUUGAUAUGAAAGAUGCCGUUCUUCAAAAAAGCUUUAAUGUUUUUGUAAGUGAACAUUACGAACAGAAAAGUGCAUUUACAUUAAAAAAAAUAAUUUUUCUUAUAUAGCGUCUUGUAUUAUGAUAGAUAGAGAGAGAUAUUUUUUGAGAGGAAUCACACAUUAGGUUUUGUGAAAAUAUGGGAUACAAUUUUGCCCUAUGAAGCAAAACAAAGCUUCCCCAGUCGGACAUCCAUUUCUUUGUUUUUGUAAAGUCAGCUGACUGCGGCGUCUCUCCCGUUGCCAUGGUGACCAUGACCACGUCGGGAAUGUUUAUUCGCACGUAUUUGGAGGCUUCCAUGUACAUAUUAGUCGGAGAUUUUUAUAUGUAGUGUGUCUAGAGAACAUUUUAUUAAUAGCUGUAGUGAUGUGUAAUAGGAAAAGAAAUCUUGACUGGAGUUCUAAAUGUUGACUGUAAAAUAAAAUGCUCAUUCUUG